GAAGAAGCAUCGAGACUUAGAUCCUUACUAAUUGGAUUAGAAGGGAUUGGCUUUUGGGGUCUGGAUUAUACACGUUGUGCAACUGACGACUCGUCUUGUGGGUGGCUAUAUGAACCCCCGCUUUUCGUCGCUCGGGUGUAUGAGAUUGACCUCGAGUCGCUAUUUGUCGCUGCUUCGCUCGACGACCCGUGCUUGCAAAGGCACUAUAGGGCGUGAUAUUUCUUGGAGACCUGCGUCUUCGACUUCGACGUUCAAGUCACCGAUAGCUGCGACUCGAAACAAAAAGCACUAUUUUAGCACCGCUAGACCUAGCGCAAUGGCUACAGCACGCAAGGUCCAACUGUCCCUGGCCAACGCUGGCGUCUUCUCAGCGAAUCCUAGAGAAGACACCGCUCGGACGGCGAGCCAGCUCCUGCAGGGCGAUCUGGAGAACCACCAUGUAUUCUUCAAUGAUGAAGGGUUUCAUAAUCAUCUGGUCCACCAGAUCUUGACGAUGUUUGCCCUUGGGGCGUCGCCGGAUGAGGUAACGGCCGCGUAUAACAGGAACAAAAGUUAUCAGAGGCCAGCCUUGCCUGCAGAUGAGGCCGUUGUUCAAUCUCUGUACGACAAGGCUCGGUUCAGAGAGUUGACGGGCAAUGGGCAGAACUAUCCCCAUUUCCUGGCCUUUUUCCAGCAGGAGAUCGACAAGAAGGGGUGGGAGUAUGUCCUCAAUGAGUAUGUUUUCAAGGGAGACGAUAAUGCCGAAAACAUGCUGAGCAGACUGUUUGGAGGCCUGCUGCAUCCAAUCAUCCACAUGGGCUUUGGCCUUGAGUUUCACCAACCGGCUAUCGUCGCAGAGGCUCUCGCGCAAACUGCCGUCCACGAGGACACAGUCGCGCGGCUGUUCCUCUUACCGACAGAGGCCCGCGCAGGCGGUGUUGGCAAGCCCGGGAAGAAGCCAAUGCUGCAGAUUCUGGAGGAGAUCCGUGCGGACCGGAAACUAGCGGAUUCUGUCCAUUGGUCUGAUGGGAACAAGAUUCGAGACGGGGUUCUCAAACGAGCCUCAGAAGAGAUGAUUCAACAUGCGGCUGAAUUCACCAUAUCUGAGGAUCAGGUGGCUGAAAAAAUCGCGGAGAUGAUCAACGUCCCCGUUUACUACACGAGUGCCGCCCAACGCCCCCCCAAGAAGAUCAAACUCGACUUCUUUUUCUUGCAUUCUCUCAACUCGUCCAUCUUCCUCUCCACAUUCGUCGCACUGCCGUUCCUCGACGUGCGCUCCAAACUCCGUCUUUUGGAGUGGAAAGGGAGGAUGGAUCUCCUGCUGUACGUGUCCCGCGGUACACCUAAUCUCCUCCUAGACGAGGUGACAGGCCAUCGGGCAUCCGAUAGCUGGGACACGCUAUUUGCCCAUGGCAACACGCACCCCGGGGAUGACGGCCACCUUUCAAAAGCGAUGCGGGCGAUCGCUCACGGCGAGAACGUUUGUCGUCCGUUUGAGGCGCAAGCUCGCGAGCGGGGAUUAGCGAUUACCGGGGAUAUGUGGCUGAAGGUUGGCAACAUGGCCAAGGAUUCAACCCUGAAACCGGACAACAUGUGGGUGCGAUCCACGGGAUUUGAAGAAGCUUGGGCUGGGGUUGAGGACCGAGCACGUCUAUAGGAGCCAAGGCCAAGUGGGGGGCGCCUAUAACUAGUGCAAUCAAUUUUGGUUGACGCUAUUCCAAGGCUCCACUCGAGUUUGGUUGAACAUAUGGGGUCAAGGAUUAUAUGCAUGGUACUAGUGAUAUUAAUAAGUUUGCAUAUCGCAGG